AUGGGCAACGCACUCUCCCUCAUACGCCUAGCGCUCACCGAAUUCCUCGACAACCUCAAUACAUUCCAAACUCUCCAAGCGCGCAUCCAGCGCUCUCCAGGACUCCCACUUCCAAACCCAAGUCGUUCAUUCUGGUCCUAUCCACCUUCGCCCAUCGCCACUCACAUUUCCCAGCUCCCGACUCAUGCUGACUUUGUCAUUAUUGGCUCGGGUAUCACUGGGACGUCGGUAGCGAGGAAGCUCUUGAAUAGCGCGCAUGCUGAAGGGCAUGAUAUUAAAGUUCUCAUGUUGGAAGCAAGAGAUGCAUGUUCAGGCGCGACUGGCAGAAAUGGCGGACACAUCUCACCUCCUCUAUACCAUGAUUAUUCCUCGCUCAAGCGUGAUCACGGACAAGCUGUUGCUCAAAAGAUGAUGAAAUUCAGGUUAGCUCACCUCGAGGAGCUACGAAGCAUCGCAGAGCAGGAAGACAUUCUUGCAGAGUCUCAGUGGCGAGAGGUAGAAUCAGUAGAUGUGUAUUAUGACUCGGACAUGUUUCAGAAGGCGAAGACAAAGGUCCAAUCAUAUAAAGCAGACUUCCCCCUCGAUGCGGAGCAUCAUCAAGUGCACGAAGGAAAAGAAGCUAUCGAGAAAUUCUACCUAGCAUCUGACACCAUAGGUUGCAUAUCUUCCAGCGCAGGCGCAAUCCAUCCAUAUCAAUUCGUGACCGGAAUCCUCGCAAAGCUUCUAUCACGAUACCCCGACAACUUCUCGCUCUGCACCAACACACCAUGUACCUCCAUUUCACCUCCAACAUUAUUCACCCCCUAUUACACCCUCUCCACCCCCCGCGGGAUAAUCACAACCCCCCACAUCAUCCACGCAACCAACGGCUGGGCAUCAACACUCCUCGAAAAGCUCCGCGCCAAAAUCAUUCCCUUCCGAGGCAACAUGUCAGCCCAGCGCCCAGGCCAAUCCCUCAUCACCCCCAGCUCCGACCCCUCCUCCCACCGCUCCUUCGUCUUCUACACCCGACCAAUAGGAUUCGACUAUCUCACCCAACUCCCCACAGGCGAACACGAACUCAUGCUAGGGGGUGGAUUCGCACAAGAUGGGGACGAGGGGUACGAAGCUAUGGGAAAUACGGACGAUACUACGUAUAGUAAACGUAUCGGCGCGCAUUUGUCUGGUGUGCUUCCUAGGUAUUUUGGUGAGGAUAAUUGGGGGAAGGAGAGCGUGCCUUUAGAAGGGGGUGAUGGAGAGUGGGCGGACGGACGCGUUAAGGGGUUGUGGAGCGGGAUUUUGGGCAUUUCAGUGGAUUUGAUACCUUGGGUUGGCCGUUUGCCGCGUGUGGUGUCUGGAAGGAGUGAACCGCCGUUGAGUUCAGUUGUGACGAGUGAGAAAGAGGGGGGUGGGGAACGGGUGCAUGUGGGCGCUGCGCCAGGGGAGUGGAUUGCAGCUGGAUAUUCGGGCGAGGGGAUGGUGCAUGCAUGGUUAAGCGGGCAGGCCCUUGCAGAAAUGGUGUUGGGACGCGAAGUCGAGGGCAGGCUUGGACAAUGGUUCCCGGAUAUUAUGAGAGUUACUGAGAAGCGGUGGAAGAAGGCGAAGGCGGAGAAUUUGCUGGAUGCGUUGGAAGAUUAG